AUGGCGAUCCUAGGCACAGCGCUCAAUGCCGUCGGCCUCAUCUUCCUGACACAUGCCGUCUACUCCUCCCACGAACACACCGCGGCCUUCGCGCACACCCCACUGCCCCUCGACAUCACUAUCGAGCUGCUCGUCUCCAUCUUCGUCCUAUCCGCCGGCAUCGUUGUCUCCUCGCCGCAACUGAAACCGAUACAAUGGGCGAAGUGGGGAGGCAAGAUCGCACGUGAGGGGCAGCAUGGCGAGGGCAAGUGGACGAGGGAGGGCGAGGAGAUCUUGAGCGAGGGUGACGGGUUCGCGUUUCUGGGACUGGACACGGGUAUUGGUGGGAAUGGAGAGGGUAGGAGGGGGUUCUGGGAUGUGAGGAGCAAGAGGAAGGAGUAUGCGGAGUGGGCUAAGGCGGGUGGGAAGUGA